AUGCCACAUAAUAUAGGCGCUCAUGUGGCAGAGAGAAGCAUUGUUUCAGAUAAUGGCGAGCUUAUUAUUAGCUUAAAUGAGGGGGAAACUUUAUUUGUCAAAAAGUUUGUCAAAUUUAAAGUACUAAGGGGCGCUUGCACUCUUAUGGGAUACACAUUUACACAGUCAGAUUGCGUUUAUACUGUACAAAUUCCCAAAUGGAAUCCGCCUGAGCAAAUAAUACCAAUUGCUACCACUAGUGACGGCAUUAAAUUGGAUUCUAUCACUCUAUCCUUCACCAACUAUGUUUCUGCCUUUGACACAUAUUCCUUGAUAGAUUGCGUAGAAGGCACAACUAUUAGUGGAGAUUCUGCCCUUACAAAUAUUGGCUUCACUAAAAUAGUGCCUGAUUUGUGGCACAAAUGUGCAGAUUUAAUACCAAAAAAUGGCUGUGUCGCGUUGCACGGAGAAAAGGGUGUUGGCAAAAGCACCGCUACACUGUAUUUGGCAAAUUAUCUUCUAAACAAUUGUCCUAAAAUCGCAAUUGUUGAUGUUGACGUUGGCCAGCCCCUUUUUACGGUUCCAGGAAUCAUUUCAUUGCAUAUCCUGGACGGGCCCAUUCUGAGACCCGAGUAUUCAAUGGUAAAUGAACAUUUUGUCUACUCUAAAAAGAUAUUAAUUGGGGAUGUUACCAUAUCUAAUCCUAAGAAAUUACUGGAACGUACAAUAAUACUUGAGAAAUACUUAAAGGAAUCAAUUGCAGAUCUUAAAAUAACGGAUUAUAGAGUCAUUAUUAACACUGGAGGAUGGAUAUCCGAUACCGGUGGCCAAUUAUUCGAUUGUAUAGUUAAGUUAUUCAAUGUGGAUGUUGUGUUAUCUAUUCUGUCAAAAACUGGCGGUAUUGGCUAUAAGCCACAGGAAAUAAAUCUCCUUUUGGACAUAAUAUCACAUCACCCUAUACACAUUAAUCAACCAGAAGUAAUAUCUGUGGAUUCAUAUAAAAUUGUGAAUAAUACAAUCGCAGUGCCAAAACCAUCAGAUUUGAGAUGGCUUAGAGUGGCAACAUAUUUAAAUCCAGCAUUGGGUGAAUCAUUGGAAAUACAUUCAUUUACACACUAUGAGUUCUUCUCGGGGAUACAUGAGUAUAGAUUUCAAUCAAUUAUCAAAAACGCAUCUUUUUUUACACCACCCGUCACUUAUGAAUUAAAAAUGUCGAAUUUGACAUUCUACCUUCCAUGUGGGAUCAAAUUACAAGAUUCUCAACUACAAAAUCACUUCCUAGCAGGCUGCAUGGCAGCAUUAUUUGUAUAUACGGAAACCUAUAGUUUUGAAAGUUUAAUUAACGCUGAAUUCUUGUUGGCAUUUCUACACAGUGUUGAUGGCGACAAGUUAUUGAUAUUGGUGCCCAAACACAAGUCUAUAACACAUUUAGAUGACAUACGCAGUGUAGUUUUGUGUCCAAUGCUUGGAUUUGACCCCCAAUUUCCUAGAUUUGGUAGAUCAAAUAGCACAUCAUUUGUCCCCUUUGGACGGAAUGCCCAGUUGCACUUGACCAACCAUUUGGGCACCAGAAACUGUUCUAGAAGAGGAGUAAAAAAGAGGCCGUAUGAAGAAGAUAAAGCUUGA